AUGUCUCAUUCGAGUAAUUCCGAUUCUGAAAAAGUUAAAAAAGAAACUGCAAAUCUCACGUGGUUCAGAGAGAAUGAAAAUACAAAUUAUCGAAGACCAAUUAUGUUUCCUGACAAUGAUGGACACAUAACCGAAUAUACUCAAAUUAAGUUGAGCAAUAAACAAAAUGCUCUUCUUGACAGAAAGCAUCGAGACUUUUUGAAGCAACAUAA